AUGGCCAAACUAUUUGCUUCCAAAGGCAUCAAAACAACCAUAAUUUCUACUCCUCAUAAUUUGUCCCUCUUCUCCAAAGCAAUUGAAAGAAGCAAACUUUCGGGUUUCGAAAUUGGAGUUAUUGCUCUCAAAUUCCCAGCUGUGGAGGUUGGGUUGCCAGAAGGGUGUGAGAGUGCUCACAUGGUUGAAACACAGGAAGAGCUCCAAAAAUUCUUGAAGGCCUCAACUUUGCUUGAUCAACAACUUGAGCAGCUCCUCAAAGAACACCAACCAAAUUGCCUUGUGGCUGACAUGUUUUUCCCAUGGGCAACUGAUGUUGCUGCUAAAUUUGGAAUCCCAAGGCUUGUUUUCCAUGGCACAAGUUUCAUUUCUUUAUGUGUUACACACCAUUUGAUGAAAAUGGACCUUUCAAUAGUGUCUGAUUCUGAACCUCUUGUCAUUCCCAACUUACCACAUGAGCACAAGCUUUCAGGAAACCAAAUACCAGAUUUCAUGAAACAAGAAUCUGAGUUGGGAAGUUUUGCCAAAGCAGCUGCAGAAUCUGAGUGGAAGGGCCAUGGGGUUCUUGUUAACAGCUUCUAUGAGCUUGAACCAGCUUAUGCUGACCAUUACAGGAACUUUUUGGGAAUCAAGGCUUGGCAUAUUGGACCUACUUUUUUAUGCAAUAAGGAGAUUGAAGAUAAGGCAAACAGAGGACCCAAAGCGUCCUUAGAUGAACAUGAAUGCUUGAAGUGGCUAAGUUCUAAGGACCCCAAUUCAGUAAUUUAUGUGAGCUUUGGAAGUGUGGUGAAGUUUGAUGAUGCUCAGCUCCUUGAGAUUGCAUUGGGUCUUGAGGCUUCAGGGCAGCAAUUCAUUUGGGUAGUGAAAAAAGAAAAGAGUGAUCAAGAAAAUAAAGAAGACUGGUUGCCUGAAGGGUUUGAGGACAGAGUUGAAGGCAGAGGACUUGUUAUAAGAGGAUGGGCUCCACAGGUGCCAAUUCUUGAGCACCAAGCAACAGGAGGCUUUGUGACUCAUUGUGGAUGGAACUCCACCAUGGAAGCAGUGACUGCUGGCGUGCCAAUGGCCACGUGGCCUGCGUUCGCCGAUCAGUUUUCCAGCGAAAAAUUGGUGACUGAAAUACUUGGAAUUGGGGUUAGAGUGGUUGAGGGUGCUAAAAAAUGGGCUAGGUUUGGAGGGGAUAGAGUGAAGAAGGUAAAUAUAGAGAAGGCUGUGACAGAGGUUAUGGUUGGUGAAGAGGCAGAGGGAAUGAGAAGCAGAGCCAAGGUGCUUGGGGAAAUGGCAAGAAAGAGUGUGGAGGAAGGUGGAUCAUCUUACAAGGAUUUGAAUGCCUUGAUUCAAGAAUUGGGGCUCCAUAGAAUUGCCCCUCCUCAGUCCUAA